AUGAGUUUUGACUCAAAUUCAUUUCAUGAGAUCAAAGUUGAGACACAUUCAGCAAGUGCUAAAUUUAUUGUUCCUAAGCGGUAUACAAGUUUGAAAUAUUUAAGUGCAGGUGCUCAAGGUGUCGUGGUAAAAGCAUAUGAUACUGUCGAAAAGGAGCAAGUUGCUAUUAAAAAAAUCAUUCAUCCUUUUCUGACAACAACCUGCGCCAGACGGACAUAUCGUGAAUUCAUGUUAUUGACUACUAUGAAACAUCCCAAUAUAAUUACGCUGAAGGAUGCAUUCACCCCACAAGAUUCAUUAGUAGAUUUUGAUGAUAUUUAUGUGGUGAUGGAGCUGAUGAAUUACAAUUUAACACAAAUUAUCAAGCAAAUCAAACUGGAUAAUAAAAACCUCUCAUACUUUACUUAUCAAAUGAUCGUUGCAAUAAAAUAUAUGCAUCGAAGUGGAAUCAUACAUCGUGACUUAAAACCUAGUAAUAUAGUAGUGAAUGACAAGUGUGUAUUGAAAAUUCUUGAUUUUGGUUUGGCAAGGAAAAUUGAAACGGGUGAACGAAUGACAGUUUACGUAGUCACAAGAUAUUAUCGAGCUCCAGAAGUGAUACUUGGUCUUCCAUAUGAUGAGAAAGUUGAUGUUUGGGCAAUCGGUUGCAUAUUAGCCGAAAUGAUCAAUAGAAAGAUCUUAUUUCCUGGCACUGAUCGACUUGAUCAGUGGAAUAAAAUUGUUCAAGUUCUGGGUACACCAACCAAAGAAUUUGUCAGCAAAUUAGAGCAUCAUACAAGAAAUUUUGUGAAGAGAGAUCACAUCAAUCCAAUUCCAUUUGAGGAAAUCUUUCCAGAUGAUAGCUUUAUUGGAAGUUAUGAUGCAGCGCCACAACUAUGUGGAGUCAUGGCUCGUGAUUUAUUAUUCAAAAUGCUGCAAAUAGAUCCUGAAAAAAGAAUAAGUAUAGAUGAAGCAGUACGUCAUCCUUACGUCAAUCUUUGGUUCACAGAUGCAGAAUGGAACUUACCAAUUCCCGAAAAUAGAUAUGACUCAAAUAAUGAUGUGAUUGAAAGAUCUAUUCCUUCUUGGAAAGAGCUGUUAUUCAAAGAGGUGAAGCUGUACGAAAAAGAACACGCAUCUGUUUUAAAAAGCUAA